CAGGACGCCAGAGACCCGUACAAAUAUAACUUCGUACACUACAUAGACAAAGCAAGCAACGGUUCACACAAUUAGAAAAAAUCUCUCCUCUCCCUUCCAUUCUUGACUUUUAGUUGUAACUGUUUUUAUUUUGCAACCUCCGGGAGAUGUCAGCCGGUGGCAUCACCGCCACCAACUCCUCAUCCAGCGGGAGCCCCCGGCCCGGCGUCGCCACCACGCAUCACCGCCGCCGUUUCGCCGACUUCAUUACCAACGACCUCGAGAAAUCAUCGGAUCACGUCCAAAUUCCCUCCGAAGGUUUCGCCGACGCCGGAAUGUGCAACAACGACCCCAACAGUGGCGGCAUAUACCACCAAGAACAUCCCGCGAUCAGGCAAUUGGCCGCCCGGAAAAGGAUUCCGGGCGGGAUCGCUUUCAAACUGAAAGAAUGGUUUUUAUGCCGUUUAAGGUCCAUUUCCCAGUCGAUGAGAUUGACGAAAAAAACGGGGAGAAGAGUUCUAGGAUUGCUUUUAGUAUUGGCUAUGGUCUCUGUUUAUCUCAAAGUUUCGUUCUUUAUGAGCGAGAAUGUCGAAGAGGUUAAUGGGUCGCAUUUGGUUCUCCAAAAUUUCAAAAACGAUUGGACGAAUGCGCAGAGGAUCGUGUCGGAAUCGGAUUCUUCUUCCACCGCCGGCUCCGCCGCCGGGGAUCUUAUUCGGAUACGACAAAUGAAGGAAUUACCAGUACUAGAGAUAUGGAAGAAACCAAAUAGUGAUAACUAUUAUCAAUGCAUUACUCGACCCAAGAAUAGAUUCAGUGUGGACAGAGACACCCACAAAUGGCUACAUUUUGGUUCAUGCAAAUGGAGGACUAAACCAAAUGAAGGCAGGGAUAUGCGAUAUGGUUGCGAUUGCUAAAAUUAUGAAUGCCACUUUGGUUCUUCCUUCUCUUGAUCACGACUCAUUCUGGACCGAUCCUAGCGGUUUCAAGGAUAUAUUUGAUUGGAGACACUUUAUAGAGGUGCUGAAAGAUGAUAUUGAGAUAGUUGAGUCUUUGCCUUCAGAGUAUUCAGGAGUGAAGCCAUUGUCAAAGGCACCAGUGUCCUGGUCAAAGGCUAGUUACUAUAGAAAAGAGAUACUUCCUGUUCUAAGGAGGCGUAAAGUCAUCAAGUUUACACACAGCGAUUCAAGGCUUGCCAACAAUGGGCUAGCUUCCUCUAUUCAGAGGCUUCGUUGUCGUGCAAACUAUAAGGCUCUUAAAUAUACUCCUGAGAUUGAGGAGCUUGGAAAGAGGUUGGUGGAUAGAUUAAGGGACAACGGCGAGCCGUAUAUCGCACUUCAUCUGAGAUAUGAAAAGGACAUGCUUGCAUUCACUGGGUGUAGCCACAACCUAAGUGCAUCAGAGGCAGAAGCGCUUCGUACGAUGAGAUACAACGUGAGACAUUGGAAGGAAAAAGAGAUAAACAGCGCUUUAAAGAGGCGGCUCGGGGGUUGCCCUAUGACACCUAGGGAAGCUGCUUUGUUUUUGAAGGCAAUGGGGUAUCCCUCAACUACUAGGAUAUACAUUGUUGCAGGGGAAAUGUAUGGUAACAGCAGCAUGGACGGGUUCCGUUCGGAGUACCCCAACGUGUUCUCUCACUCGACACUUGCUACUGAAGAGGAGAUGCAGGGUUUUGAGCAGUACCAGAACCGUCUGGCUGCCUUGGAUUAUAUUGUGGCACUUGAGAGUGAUGUGUUUGUUUAUACCUAUGAUGGAAACAUGGCUAAGGCAGUUCAAGGGCACAGGAUGUUUGAAGGUUAUCGUAAGACCAUUAGCCCCAACAGGCACAACUUUGUUCACAUGGUAGAUUUGUUGGAUAAGGGUGCCAUAUCAUGGGAAGAUUUUUCCAAGGAGAUCAAAGCUCGACAUUCUCAUAGGCUCGGAGCUCCGAACCUAAGACAUGUAGGAGAGUCACCAAGAACAGAAGAAAAUUUCUAUGCCAAUCCUUUUCCAGGGUGUAUAUGUGAUAGGUCUCGAGAGCAAGCUAGCAGGCUUGAGAGAUCUCAAACCAAGCCAGAAGGACUAGUAGUAGAUGGUGCUUCUCAAAGAUAGGUUUUUAGUUUUUUCCUUUUUUACUAAAAAGGGUAGGAUUGUAAAUUGCCAAUACAAGCGAGGUCGAGGAAGCCGGAAGAAGUCAAGAGGUUCUUCCUACGGAUUUUGGUCGCCAAUGAUGUUUGUACACAGAUGGAGGGGUAGAAAUGGAAUAGAUCAACAUAAAGAAAUAGCGCGGAAAUGAUUUGUGUGGUGCGGAAUGUUUAUUCUUUUAUUUAUUUUUGUUUUUUAUUUUGUUUAUAGCGAGGGCUUAUUAGUUAGUUAGUUUUUCAAAAAGUUUUAAAGUAGUGGAUAAUUAAAGUACGAAUAGUAAUAAUUAUUUAGAGAUGAUUAUUCAACUCCGGUGCUCAUCAACUACCUUUUUAGUAAAGUACGAAGUAUUCCGUGUUAAUC